AUGGCGACGAAACACGCGGAAAGGGCCAUUACCUACGCGUCUCCAGAAGAUUGGGAUUCCUGGUCUAACGAGUUCAAGAAACUGGCACACGCCUACGACCUGUGGCAGUAUAUCGAUCCAAACGACCGUAUCCGAUGGCCUCAUCGACCAGAACUUCCAGAAAUCCGGGACUACCCCAGACAAGCGGAUCCGGACGAUCCCGAGAGUGGCACAAUGACGCCUGGCUCAGAUUACGUACCGCCUCGACGAAUUGGAGAACUUACGCCUGAAGGGAGAGCAGAAUACGAGCACGAUCUCAGGAUCUACUCCCUGAAAGAGACGGCAUAUAGAGAGACGAAGAAGCAGGAGCAGAAGCUGGUCGAGUUUGUCCUCAAGACGGUCUCGGCCACGUAUCAGAAGACGUCCUGCGUCACGGGAGAUCGAUUGGAUAAGUGGUAUCAGGAGCUACGAAGAUCUGGAGUAGUAUACAACGAACGCCUCCGACCGGAAGCGCGCGACAAGUACCACAAAGCCGUACAGACAACCCCGAAAAUCAACAAGCUCGACGACUGGGUCACUCAGUGGGAGACGACCAUGGCCGAAGCGAUCAGCAAGAAAGUCCCCGAUGCCCUUGACGCGCAAUGCUGGGCAGAAGACCUGAAUCGAGCAAUGUACCACGUUCUCCCCAGCUGGGCAUCUACGUUCCGACAACACCGACGCCCUCAAAUCCUCAAUAAUACCCUCAACUACCGAGAGGUGGCUGCCGACAUUCGAUAUGAGGCCAAGAUGGCCAACCCCAGCGGAAGGCCGUCAGGAAUCAAGAGAGGUGCCUUCACAGCCACAUAUGGCACUACAUCUAGGAACGACAGACCUGCUAUCACGGACCACGACGAUGACACUAUUGAAGUUCAGGGAGACGCCUCAGAUUGGGCGGCUAACGAAACGGUACAAGCACAUCGGGAUACGCGAGGCCAAGGCCGCGGCCGUAGAGCAAGAGGAGGAAGAGGAGUGUCAACGAAACGGAAACGAGCAGAGACGGCCGUCAACCCAAACCCGGACGGCCCUACUUGUCGAGGAUGUCUUGGUUUCCACAACUGGAAGGAUUGUUGGUACUUAUUCCCGGCCCAAAGAGCCGAAGUGUGGGAACCAAACCAGGCGAUGCAACGGUUGAUAAACGACCGCCUCAGAAACGACACUGGCCUUGCCGAGGAGGUCAAACGGCUAUCUAAGGGAAAGAAUAGAGCUACCAAGGACGAGUGA